AUGUUACAUUUCUUACUAUCCAUUCGUUAUACGGACGAAUCAGUAGGAACAUGCACAGGAGAACUCCAAGAUGGCCAAUUUUGCUGUUUUGGAGAAGUUUGUGAUUAUAAAUGCGUAUAUGAUAAUGAAUCAGUAAAAAUUAAAUCUCAUUGUUUUCAUAAGACAGAAGAAGUUUUCUGCCAAACAUCAAUAUUAGGAGUAUUCAUAUCAAUUCUUAUAGCAAUUACUCCAACGAUCUUAUUUUUGGGAAUUGGCGUUCUUAGAAAAUAUCAAAAUUACUACGCUUUAUUUAUGAGCUUGCUGCUUAAUGUAUUUUGGGCAAUGCUCAUAAUGUCGAUGUCUUGUUCAGUAAGAUCUGGCUUGUGGACAAAACAUAUAGCGUUUUGGUACAUUUUAGGAAUGCUUGGCCUGGCAGCUUCUAUUACACUAUACUUCUUGAAUCUAUGCAACCGUAAUGGUGCAACAUUCUUAGCUGAAAGCCAAUCCUCUGUUAUCAAUGAAACAGAUGAUGAAGUCAAUAAGAGGCUUUGCUGCCCUAAGCUCCCAGAACUCGAUGCUGGAAGUACAUACAGAGAACUCAAUUACCCUCUUGUCGAGUUUGACGAGUUAAUAUCUGCAAUUGAGGAAAAUGUUUCUGCUCCUCCUGAACCUAAGAUGCAUUGGAUGGUUUCAUACAAGAAUCCUGGUGAGUCCAAGGAGCACAGAAUCCAUGAUUCUUCAAACAUCGAGUAUGGCAGCUGGCAAUCAUAUGGAGAGACCACACCAUACUCCCAGAACAUGAUCACAGUUUACAGAUGCGAUAUUACAUAUACUUUUGACUCAGUUCUUGAAGAUGAGAUUAAACAAUUUGCAGAAGUCAAUCGUCUGAAGCAUCAAGGAGAAGGGCAAUAUGAAUCAUGGAUUACUAACUAUCCAAAGAAUCUCAUGAGAUACGCUAUUUCUGGAAAUGGAUCGAAAUUCUUCAGAUACUUUACAAGCGGAUUCAACAAGAAACUGUACGCAGUGCUCGCAGUUUUUGGCUACCAUUAUAUUAUGGACGCUAUUUGGAUUCCGAAAGUUCAAUACAUCAGAUCUGUCCUAACAAAGAAAAUGUACAAAGGUCUUGAAGGCCGAGCCAAACGUGGAGAAAACGACACUGAUGUAUUUGCUGAGGUGCAUAUGGAAGCACCUUCAAUGACAUCAAACCUCGUUUGA